ACUUCCAGCUCGGCUCGGCUCGGCUCGGCUCGGAGCAGGCAGAGCGGGGCCGCCCAGCCCUGCGAGGCCCAGCGUGCCAGCGGAAGCCAUGGCACUGGUGGUUCACAUCCUCGCCUGCCUCCUGGGCACCGGCUCGUGGGUGGCCAUCAACGGCAUGUGGGUGGAGCUGCCCCUCAUUGUGCCCCGGGUCCCGGAGGGCUGGUACCUGCCGUCCUACCUCACGGUGCUGAUCCAGUUUGCCAACGUGGGGCCGCUCUUUGUCACCCUCAUGCACCACUUCCAGCCUGGGCGGCUCAGUGAGCCCGGCACCAUCUACACCAUCGUCAGCCUCGGGGCGCUGGCCUGCGUCCUGCUGGCCUUCUUCUGGCAGGCAACCAGCGUGGUGGGGGGCACAACCCGCAGCACCGCCCUCCUCAUCCUCCUCUUCUUCCUCUCCCUGGUGGACUGCACCUCCUCCGUCACCUUCCUGCCCUUCACUGCGCUUCCGGGCCGGUACCUGACCACCUACUUUGUGGGUGAGGGGGCUGAGCGGCCUGGUGCCCGGCCUGUGCGGGAGAGAGCAGCAUCCACGGCAGAGAUUUGCUCCUGGCUGCCGGAGCAGAGCAGCAGGCUGAGCUGUCAGAACUUCCUGGAGCUAUGA